AUGCCGGUCCGACCCAACGCACGCGUGCUGCGCGACAUGGCCACACGCCAGGCCGUGCAGUCCAACGAACUCGUGCGUCGCGCGUUCAAGUACAUCGCACGCAACACCACCCUGCCGCAAAAGGUGCGCCACCAGGCCCAACUUCAGCUCAACCAGUUCCCCAACAAGACCCGCCCCGUCAGCGUCUCCAAUCGCUGCGUAGAGACUGGCCGAGGUCGCGGCAUCAUCUCCGAAUUCGGCCUGUGCAGAUACCAGUUCCGCAUGAAGGCGCUAGCAAACGAGCUGCCCGGCGUCAAGAAGGCUUCGUGCUUCGAGUCUUGCUGGAUAUCUUCUUUAUGCGACCUCAUCGACGGUUACAAGACCACUCCUUUCAUGAGCGACGCAUUUCGCAUUUUUCCUCGCGCUCGGAAUUCGGCGUUGGAUGCGUCGCUUCUGUCAACCAUCGGCGGCAUCGUUGCUCAACACCUUGUCCUCUGCCAUCCGCAUCCACACUAUUCGCCGCACCGCGGUUCUUGGUUGAGAACACCCGCCAUGGCGAUGUACCAGGACGACGCGCAAGACACGGGUCUGCGCGGACCCGUGCCGCGCGAUGCACGCCUGAUCGCGCUCAUCCUCGCCUCGAUGGGCGUCUCGGACGUCGAACCGGCCGUGCUACUGCAGCUGCUCGAGUUCGCUCACCGCUACACGUACGACGUUCUAUCCGACGCGCUCGUCUACGCAGACCAUGCCAGCGCCCGUCAAGCCUCCAGCAGCCUUUCCCUCGACGACGUCAAUCUCGCCAUCCAAUCGCGCGUCAAUUACUCGUUCACCAAACCCCCCGAAAAAGACGUAAGCCCCCUCCCUAUACCCUAUCGAGAGCUGAAUCGAAUACUGAUGGUGGUGGAUGAACAGAUGCUGCUGGCACUUGCAAGCACGGUCAACGCAAUCCCACUGCCGCCGAUUUCGGACCGACAUGGAGUGAGGUUGCCUCCGGCAGCUCAUUGUCUGACGAAUGUCAACUUUAGCUUGGUCCCCAACCCUCCGCCUGCGGACGCGGAGGAGUUUGAAGAUACAACACUCGUGCACCAGUCGCAACCACAAACACAAACGCAGCCACAGAGCACACAGACUUCAUCGCUCUUCGAUGCAAAUACUGCACACGAUGAUGGCGAUGUCUCCAUGACUGCGACCCAACCAUCCCAACUCACCGCACCCAGCCAAGCAGACGAUGCAAGAGGCACAAAACGUAGCCUCGACGAAGACGAAGACUACGACUAA